AUGGAGUAUCAAAGCAUUGUUGGGGCUCUACAGUAUGUCACCAUCACUCGUUUGGAUAUAUCCUUCACAGUCAACAAAGUCUACCAGUUUCUUCACUCUCCCACUGAUGAACAUUGGACAGUGGUAAAGCAAAUACUUCGUUAUCUCAAGGGCACUCUCACUCAUAAUCUUCAUUUUCAAGGAUCUUCUUCCCGACAAUUGACUGCUUACACUGACGUCGAUUGGGCCAGCUGUCCUGAUGAUCGACGUUCCACAGGGGGUUAUGCAGUUUAUCUUGGCUCCAACAUGAUUUCUUGGAGCUCCAAAAAGCAACAUACCAUUGCUCGCUCCAGCACCGAAUCCGAGUUCAAAUCUCUUGCCAACUCUAUACUACGAGACAUUGGCUYUCUAGCUCCUCCCCCUAUUCAUUGGUGUGAUAAUAUGGGUGCUACCCACCUGGCCGCCAAGCCCCAUUUUUCAUGCCCGUGCGAAGCAUGUGGAGGUGGACUACCAUUUCCUGCAUGA